UCUAGUCUCUCAUCGGAAACGCGCCGAAAUAAUCGCCUCGAGCUCCGAAACGACUUUCAGUUUCUUCGCUACUAUCGGAGGCCUCGCGACAAGGAAAAGUCCUGUAAACAUUCCAGGAUAGACCCGAGUCCAUGAAGUCGAAGAUCCAUCCCCAGGAAACUCUCCAUCGCUGGAAGAGGAACGGCAUCUAGAGGGAGCGGAUCAUUCCCGAGGGAUAACAGGAGAGCGGAUUAAUUCGAGUUCCCUGAGUGCAGGUUCGUCGCCACCGCUCGACCCGGUAGACGGGAAUAAAUUACGCGGUAGCCGUAAAACAUGUUUGACCGCACUAUAAAUGAAGGCCUCUUCUUCCUUUUCCUCGUCCAGACGCACUUGGUGUCGGCUUUCGGUCGCGGCGAGACCAGGAAAUGGAUUUCCUCAAGCCAGGAUGGUUCACCGAGGUCAGCGAUUUCUGGCCAGGAACGGCGCUCUCCCUCGAGGUGAAGAGGGUCCUCCACCAUGAAAAGUCGGCCUUCCAGGACGUCCUGGUCCUCGACACGAAGUCUCACGGCAGAGUCCUGGUGCUCGACGGGCUGAUCCAGUGCACGGAGAACGACGAGUGCAGCUACCAGGAGGCGAUAGCCUUUCUUCCACUUUGCAGUCACCCUGAGCCGAAGAGUGUCCUGAUAGUAGGAGGAGGCGAUGGCGGAGUCGCUCGGGAAGUCGCUAAGCACCCUGACGUAGAAAAAGUCGUCCAGGUAGAAAUCGACGCCUUGGUCCUGGAGGUGUCCAGGAAGUAUCUUCCCUUCGUCAGCGUCGGCCUGGACCACCCAAAAGUGACCCUGAACGUGGGGGACGGCUUCGAGUUCCUGAAGAACCACGUCGGCGAGUUCGACGUCGUCAUCACGGACAGCUGCGACCCUAUCGGUCCUGCGGAGCGCCUCUUCCAGGAGCCGUACUUCCAGCUCUUGAAAGCCGCCCUGAAGCCGAAUGGCAUAAUUUGCAGUCAAGCAGGAAACCCUUGGUCCCAGAUCGAGCACGUGUCGAGCACUUUCAGACUCUGCAAAUCCGUAUUCCCGACCUCGGCAUACGCGGUGACCUCGGUGCCGACCUACCCCACGGGUCAGAUUGGGUUCGUCCUCGGCACCUCCAAUGCGAACGGAAAUUUCAAGGAACCCGUCAGGAUAUUCACAGACCAGGAACUGGAGAACAUGGGAAUGCGAUAUUACAGUGCCAACGUCCACAGGGCAGCUUUUGGACUGCCCAGAUUUCUCGAGAAAGCUCUCAGAAAUUGAUUCAGUAAUUAAUAAUUCACUUGACGUGGGCAACAAAGCUUGCG